CAUCUGAGGGAAAGCACCAGCCACGUGGUGAAACCAAAACCCAUGAGAAAACUUUGGGGCGGUGGAGGGACAUCAUGACCAGCAUGGCUGAAGGCUGGGUGUCCAGGGAACUUACUCAGAAGCAUCUCUGGGUCUGAGGAGCCAGAAGUCCCCAGUAGACUUGGCUGGAGGGUGGCGCUCACAUUGAGCUGCUUCUCGGGGGCAGCUGAUGGAGGCCUGACCACAACAGGGGGGAAACACACACCUCUGUGUGCUGCUGGCAGGAAGCUGUGAGCGACCAAAGAUUACUGAGAUGAGAAGAAUCCCUCUGGGGAUGGGAUUGAUUUUUCUUAACUGGGUCCAGAGAUUUCUGGUUACUGCUAGAAGUUUCCUCACUCAGAAGCACCCUGGGAUCUGAAGAGCCAUGAUGAGAAGCUGUUGAAGCCCUGAAAGGAUGGGGCUCCUGAGCAGUAAGAAGCAGGUCAGUGGUGAGAAGGGAAAAGGAUGGAGCCCUGUGAAAGGCCACACCCAGAGCAAGGCUCCCCCGUCCCUGCCACCCCUGGUUGUCUUCAACCACCUCGCCCCUCCGUCUCCUAACCAGCACCCAGAUCAAGAGGAGCAUUUUGUGGUGGCCCUGUUUGACUAUGCGGCGGUGAGUGACAGGGACCUGCAGGUGCUGAAGGGAGAGAAACUCCAGGUGUUGAAGAGCACUGGAGACUGGUGGUUGGCCAGGUCACUCACCACUGGAAGAGAAGGCUAUGUGCCCAGCAACUUUGUGGCCCCAUUGGACACCCUGGAAGUAGAAAAAUGGCUCUUCAGGACCAUCAGCCGGAAGGAUGCUGAGAGGCAGCUGCUGGCUCCGAUGAACAAGGCUGGUGCCUUCCUCAUCAGAGAGAGUGAGAGCAAUAAAGGUGCCUUUUCCCUGUCUGUGAAGGAUGUCACCACCCAGGGGGAGAUGGUCAAACACUAUAAGAUCCGCUCACUGGACGGCGGUGGCUAUUACAUCUCCCCUCGGAUCACCUUCCCCACCCUCCAGGCCCUGGUGCAGCACUACUCCAAGAAAGGGGAUGGCUUGUGCCAGAAGUUGACCCUGCCCUGUGUGAGCCCAGCCCCGAAGAAUCCUUGGGCACAGGAUGAAUGGGAAAUUCCUAGGCAGUCUCUCAAGCUGGUCCGAAAACUUGGGUCUGGGCAGUUUGGAGAAGUCUGGAUGGGUUAUUAUAAAAACAACGUGAAGGUGGCCAUCAAGACUCUGAAGGAGGGAACUAUGUCUCCAGAAGCUUUCCUGGGCGAGGCCAACUUGAUGAAAACCCUGCAGCAUGAGAGGCUGGUCCGUCUCUACGCUGUGGUCACCAGAGAGCCCAUCUACAUUGUCACUGAGUACAUGGCCAGAGGAUGUUUGCUGGAUUUUCUGAAGACAGAUGAAGGCAGCAGAUUGUCCCUUCCAAGGCUGAUUGACAUGUCAGCCCAGAUCGCAGAAGGCAUGGCUUACAUAGAGCGCAUGAAUUCCAUCCACCGUGACCUGCGGGCAGCCAACAUCCUGGUGUCUGAGACCUUGUGCUGCAAAAUCGCUGACUUCGGCUUGGCCAGGAUCAUCGACAGUGAAUACACUGCCCAAGAGGGAGCCAAGUUCCCCAUCAAGUGGACUGCCCCAGAGGCCAUCCACUUCGGGGUGUUCACCAUCAAGGCUGAUGUCUGGUCCUUUGGAGUCCUGCUGAUGGAGAUUAUCACAUAUGGCCGUGUUCCCUACCCAGGAAUGAGCAACCCUGAGGUCAUCCGCAGCCUAGAGCAUGGCUAUCGCAUGCCAUGCCCGGAGACAUGUCCACCGGAGUUGUACCAUGACAUCAUCACUGAGUGCUGGCGAGGCCGUCCCGAGGAGAGACCCACCUUUGAGUUUUUGCAGUCCGUGCUGGAGGACUUCUACACAGCCACAGAGGGCCAGUAUGAGCUGCAGCCUUAGCCACCCAUGGCUCUGCAGGGCUCCCUGCCUGAGCCUCCUGCUGGAUGCUUACUUCUGGUUAAUGUGUUAAUACCUGGCUCUUCUUCCAGACCAGACAGGCUGCAAAGUUAGGAUGAGAUGGCAUGCCUACUUUUCAGAUGAGGGAACCAGGAGACAAAGGUCACGGUAGGGAAUGGACUUUCAAGACAGAGCCUUAAUCCACUCUUCGCUGGCUGUGUGCCUUUGGGAAAGAUACCUUGCCACUCUGUAUCUACUAUUCCUUGCAUGUAAAACAAAACAAACAAACAAAAAAAGGAUUGCAUUAGAUUGUGCUCAAGCCUGGGAGGGUGCUGAGAACUGAGUCUGAACUGUUAGUGAUGGACAAUGUAUAAGGCUGUCACAACACAGAGGGUGGCUGGUGGCAGGCCAUCAGAUCUACUAUUUUGACCUUCAGAGCCUCAACAGCAAGCACCUCCCUAUCUGCUGCUCCAGACCCACAGCACCAAUCCUCCAGGUCGCCCUGGCCUGGCUGUGCCCCUGCACUUUGGGACUUUUCUAUAAUAAACCCAUGGGAGUUUU